UGUACCCACUCCCUCUCUCUCUGUGUAUCAGUCAACAACAUACCCAAUACCAAACCAAACCCGUUGAAAAAUGAUUCAGUAUCCGUGAUUCUUUUCUGUCUCUUCUUCCCCUAGUAAAUUUUCCUUGUUUUCCAAGUGUAUAAAUCCUGUUUUUUCUUUGUUAUUUACCAUGCAAAGACAAAAAGCAUUUCUCAUCUUUCACGGGAUGGUUCUUUUAUUUGUCGUUUGAUUGUUUGGUUUUUUUGUAUAAAUACAGGGAAUUGAGAGUCACAUGUUGCUCUAUCCUUUAAACUAUUACAUGAAAUAGUAUUAUUCAAGUUUCUGUCUUUGCUGCCUUUUUCUACUCUUGUCCUUCACUGAAUUCUUUUAUAGCUUUCUGGGUUUUUUUGUUGAUAAAGUUGGAUUUUUCUUUGUGGGGGAAUAUCCAAUUCUACAAGGUUUUGCUUUCUGGGUUUUGGAUAAUCAUCAUUGCUUCUCCUUAAAGUUUGAGAAUUUUCGCUCCUGAUUCUAAGAAAAAUGAAGGGAUUUGUUCUGUUUCUAGCCAUUGGUAUUUUUUUACUACUUGGAGGUAGUGUUGUGAGUAAAGAGUGUACAAACAUCCCGACUCAGUUAUCAUCGCAUAGCUUUCGUUACGAGCUGUUGAAAUCCAAUAACGAAACAUGGAGACAGGAGAUGUUUUCUCAUUACCACUUAGUCCCAACCGAUGACUCUGCUUGGUCUGAUUUGCUACCGAGGAAGAUUUUGAGAGAAGAAGAUGAAUUGAGGUGGCAAAUGAUGUAUCAGAAAAUUAAGCACCCUGGUCGUUUCAACUUGGCUGCAGAUUCCUUGAAAGAGGUCUCACUUCAUGAUGUUCGAUUGGAUUCGAAUUCGAUUCACUGGCGAGCACAGCAAACCAACUUAGAGUACUUGUUGAUGCUUGAUGUGGAUAAUUUAGUAUGGAGUUUUAGGAAAACUGCUGGUUUGCCAACUCCUGGGAAGCCAUAUGGAGGGUGGGAGGCCCCGGAUGUCGAACUCCGGGGUCAUUUUGUUGGGCAUUACUUGAGUGCAACAGCACAGAUGUGGGCUAGCACUCACAAUGACACUCUCAAAGAGAAGAUGACGAAUGUCAUUUCCGCCUUAUCUGCCUGUCAGAAGAAGAUGGGGACGGGAUAUCUUUCGGCAUUUCCGUCUGAACUUUUCGAUCGUUUCGAAGCAAUAAAACCCGUCUGGGCCCCAUACUACACCAUUCACAAGAUCUUGGCAGGUCUGCUGGAUCAAUAUACAUUUGCUGAUAAUGCCGAAUCUUUAGAUAUGAUGAAAUGGAUGGUCAAAUACUUUUAUAGCCGUGUUCAGAAUGUGAUUACAAAGCACAGUGUGGAGAGACAUUGGCUGUCACUAAAUGAAGAAACUGGUGGCAUGAAUGAUGUCCUCUAUAGGUUGUUUACCAUAACGGGAGAUCCGCAGCAUUUGUUGUUGGCUCACCUUUUUGACAAACCUUGUUUUCUAGGAUUGCUUGCAGUUCAGGCUGAUGAUAUAUCAGGCUUCCACGCUAAUACACAUAUUCCGAUUGUUAUUGGAGCUCAAAUGCGAUAUGAAGUGAUGGGUGAUCCACUUUACAAGACUAUAGCAACUUUCUUUUUGGACAUUGUUAAUUCUUCUCAUAGCUAUGCAACAGGAGGAACAUCUGUCAGCGAGUUCUGGUCUAACCCAAAACGAUUGGCAGACACGUUACAGACAGAGAAUGAAGAGUCUUGUACUACUUAUAACAUGUUGAAGGUCUCUCGCCACCUGUUUAGAUGGACCAAAGAAGUGGCAUACGCAGAUUACUACGAGCGUGCCCUCACAAAUGGUGUACUUGGCAUCCAAAGGGGAACAGAGCCCGGAGUGAUGAUUUACAUGCUACCCCAAGGUCGCGGGGUGUCUAAGGCUGUAAGCUACCACAAGUGGGGAACACCAUUUGAUUCGUUUUGGUGCUGCUAUGGCACAGGAAUUGAAUCAUUUUCCAAGAUAGGCGAUUCUAUAUAUUUCGAAGAGGAAGGGGGUUUUCCUAGUCUUUCCAUCAUCCAGUAUGUGUCAAGUACUCUUGAUUGGAAAUCCGGAAAUUUUGUGCUCAACCAGAAAGUUGAUGCAGUUGUUUCUUGGGAUCCUUACGUCCGCGUCAUGUUGACUUCCUCUUCGAAAGAGGGAGCAGCGAAAUCAUCUACCUUGAAUUUAAGGGUACCAAUCUGGACUCGAUUGAAAGGGGCCAAGGCAACAUUAAAUGGUCAGAAUAUAGCCAUACCAGCACCAGGUACCUUCCUACCAGUAAAAUGGAGUGUUGGAGAUAAAUUAACCCUUCAGUUGCCAAUUAGUCUGAGAACCGAACAGAUUAAAGAUGAUAGACCUGAAUACGGUUCUGUUCAGGCAAUACUCUAUGGUCCUUACUUGCUUAGCGGUUAUAGCAGUGGUGACUGGGACAUUAAAACUGGUUCAACAGUUUCAUUUACGGACUGGAUAACUCCGGUUCCUGCUGCAUAUAACAAUCAUCUUGUUACUUUUUCCCAGAAGUCGGGUGACUCGACUUUUGUCAUAACAAACUCAGACCAAUCAAUCCAAAUGGAGAAGGUCCCUGAAGCUGGUACCGAUGCUGCUUUGCAUGCCACAUUCAGGUUCAUCUUUGAUGAUGCACCGGAAAAAAUUUCAACCAUCGGAGAAGCCAUUGGUAAAACUGUUAAGCUUGAGCCAUUUGACUUGCCAGGAAUGGUUUUAGUGCAUCAAGGAACGGAAAACAACCUUGCAGUUACCGGUUCUCCUAACAGCGAUGCAACUUCUAGUUUUCGUUUAGUUGCCGGAUUGGAUGGAAAUGGUAAUAGCGUGUCCUUGGAAUCUGUAAGCCAAGAGGGGUGCUACAUAUAUAGCGGUGUAAACUAUAGUUCCAGUCUUGGCAUGAAGCUCAGCUGCAAUUCAGCACCCUCCGAGUCCGGAUUCGAGCAGGCAACCAGCUUUGUAAUGAACAGCGGAAUAAGCGAAUACCAUCCGAUCAGCUUCGUUACAAAAGGGCAACAGAGGAAUUUCCUUAUGGCACCAUUGCACAGUUUCAGAGAUGAAUCUUACACCAUUUACUUCAACAUUCAACCGUAACAUAGUCUGAUACGUAUCGAGCCGGAACAACACGUCAAUACUUCCGUUGCCUCGGUCUCGGCGGAGUCCAUUGUAACUCUGAUGCUGUGCAAUUGUGUUUUUCAUUCAUUUACAUUCAGUUGAUUGUGUUACAAAUGAAUCAAACAGCACAGAACGAAGAUAUUCUUUAAUCCAA